AUAAUUAUCAAAACAAAUUUGAAUAACUGUGGUCGUAGUAUACAUCGUUAUCAGUUCGUUCGGAGUAGGUUAUGUGACCACGCAUUUGAUUUGAAAAAGCGAAGAUCUCACAGGCUCAUAUCUUGGGUUGAAAUACCCUUAGGCUAUUUUUCUGACAAUAUGGCUGGCUCAGAUCCGAAAUGGCAAAAAGACGCUGCAGAUCAGAACUUCGACUACAUGUUCAAAUUACUCAUCAUAGGUAAUAGUUCUGUUGGUAAAACAUCGUUCCUUUUCCGAUACGCUGACGACAGUUUCACAUCAGCAUUCGUCAGCACAGUCGGUAUAGACUUCAAAGUCAAAACUGUCUUCAGGCACGACAAGCGAGUAAAACUACAAAUAUGGGAUACAGCAGGACAAGAGCGAUACAGGACAAUUACUACAGCAUAUUAUAGAGGAGCAAUGGGAUUCAUAUUGAUGUACGAUAUUACGAAUGAGGAGUCAUUCAACAGUGUUCAAGAUUGGGUGACCCAAAUCAAGACGUAUUCUUGGGACAACGCGCAGGUCAUCUUGGUAGGAAACAAAUGUGACAUGGAAGAUGAGAGAGUAGUCAGCUUCGAGAGAGGAAAACAACUGGGAGAGCAACUUGGAGUAGAAUUUUUCGAAACCAGCGCAAAAGAGAAUAUCAACGUUAAGGCUGUUUUCGAACGACUAGUGGAUAUCAUUUGUGACAAGAUGUCCGACAGCUUAGACACCGACCCUACUCUUAUGAGUGGUGGUGCAAAAGGCCAACGUUUGACAGAUGCUACUCAAGGUCCCCAAGCUGCCAACUGUAACUGUUAA